AUGCCUAUCCUGGUCUUCGAAUAUCGGACCAAGUUCACCAACGGGAGUCAAAAUGCCUGGUGGCACAAAACCGGCCCCAUGCUAGCCAAAGUGCUAAGUUCAGCGAACUACACUCUAGAGGAACAGCUCGAAUACCUCGAGUUUUUCUCGAAAACUCUCGUCCCUCAAUUCGGGCCUUAUCCGCAAGUAUUUCGCAGUUCCAUUACACGCAGCGGUCUCCCUCUCGAGCUUAGUAUCAAUUACCAGCAACAUGGAAAGCCGCCAGUCCACUCUCGAGUAUGCAAAAUUGAGGGAUUCAAUGUUCAACUAUGGAAUCAAGCCCUCAAGGACCACACUGUUAACGAUGCCGAGCAAGCCUCCCUUCGAGGAACAGAUAUCGAAGGGGGAUAUAUCCGAUCCCAAACAGCAUUCGGAUUUGAUCUUAUUAAAGGCGGGAAAAUAUCGGUCAAGGGCUACACCUUUCCGGCCUUGAAAUGCAAAGUCACCGGGAAAUCCAUGGCACAGGUCAUGGCGGACUCCGUCAGAAACAUGCAACAUCUUGUUGACUGCUCUCAGGCGUUUUCAAUGGUAAACGCAUACCUGAAAGCCACCGCAUACGAUGAGAGGUCAUUCUUCUCCUGGGACUUUGUGAAUCCAUCAAAGUCCCGCCUGAAAUUGUACACUGGUUCUAACAACGUUACUUGGGAAAAACUGCAGGAGGUCUGGACGCUUGGUGGAAGGCUCAGGGGAUCCACUGUGGCCAAGGGACUUGAAUAUCUCAAUCAGCUUUUCAACCUGAUCAAGCUAAAGGAAGGAGAGCGCAGUAUCGAGGUGGCUUUCGACGAUCGCAAGAAUUCCUCGAAAACAACGCCUUUGCUUUGGAACUAUGAGAUGCGAGCUGCCGACCCAAACCCCCUGACGAAGAUCUACUUCCCAGUCCACGGGGAAAAUGAUAUGCAGGUUAUCACUGGCGUCGCACAGUUCUUUCGCAUGAUCGGCCUUGUUGAACUGGGUAACUCCUAUGUAGCCAAAGUCCAAUCAUACUAG